ACAGGGGGUGGCGCUCGUCGACUGUGUCAUCCUGGGGCUCGUCUUCUUCCAGCUUGACAAACUCCGCGGACGCGUGCGCUGGCUGAUCUGUGGGUGUGUGGAUACACUCUCGUCGCUGCUGUAAUGCGUCUGCACAGACUAUGGACGGGUGCUGAUACCAAUUAAUCGCCAUACCCGAUUCCUGGGCCUAACUUUGCUCGUCAAAGCCCAGCUGCCGAACCUUGGUUUAGUUAUGAGCUCACCUGCACAAACACUGCCACCGUGGCACCUACAGACACAUCUCGAGCCGAUCUGAAUAUCGAGCACUCGCAUCAUCUCCCCGAGCCGCCGCCCGUUCUCCCGCCAACCAAUUCUGGCCAUGGAGCUCACACCAACGCUGCUCCCCGUCCGCUCAGCCAUUGGUACGAAACAUCCCAGUUUCCCGAGCAGAUUCCUUGUCAGUUCGACAUGGAAGACCCUGCGACUGAGAGAGGCUCUCCCUUUCUACCUCCCCUACCGAUUCACGCGCUGAGUCUGGGCGAUCUGAUGUACCGCAAUCAGACUCUCUCCAUGCCGCAGCCGGUAGCCCCCGUUCUACAGCCGGACGAGCAGCCGUACCCGAUCCCACUCACGUCGAACGGCGAGCCAGAGCCAGGCCUGAAAGAUGCGCUGGACAAUGUUUGGACGGCGCGCGCAGACAACGCCAGCCCGGCUUCUACAGCGUUGAGUUUUGACGCUGUUGCAACUUGCGACACGGACGUGUAAGUGCCUGGUUUUGAGCCUGAGGUGAGCUAUCAUCCGAAUACUACUAUGAUGCGGAUUUGCGACGCUUCAUGCCAGGCAGCCCGUGCUGGCAACGUGACAGUGGGCUCGUACUUGCAGCUUCCACCUCACCUCCGUCCCGUCGUCCCAGAUUUAGAGCAGCAACCCAUAGGCGAUAAGAAGCAGAAGAAAAUGCUGCUAGCGAGGGUUAGGAAUCUGAAAGCUGUUCGAAGGCCGUUUUGUGGGACCUCUGUGGCAUCGGAUAGCUGAAACAGUCAGC